CUGCAACACGUGGAGCAGUGAUUAGUGCGAGUAGUCAGUGAGAUGUGUUCAUGUCACAUGACACUCGGGUAUAUAGUUUAGAUCCCGCCCUUACAUUUUCAGUUUCAGCAACACGGGUCUCCGGGAUCAUAUAGUUUUAUGUUUUCAUUAGUUUUCAUAAGUUUUCAUUAGUUUUCAUUAGUUUUCAUCAGUUUAUUCAGCGAAAUACAAUCUAUUCAAACCAAGAACGCUUUUUGAGUUUUUAACGGUACGGUCACGGCAACAAUAAAACUAUUUCCGGGGAAUAUGGAAGGAGACACGGAAAAAUCUGUCAUCUCUUCGCUGAAAACACGGUCAAGAGCGUCCACUUUAUCCUAUGCAAAAGCCAAGGCCAAGGCGAAAGCUUUAGAGGUAAAUUUGGAAUAUGUGAAGAAACAAACUGAAAUUAAACGCCAAAGAGCUUUGCUGGACGCUGAAUUUGAAUUAAUUUCGGCUCAGAAGGAUGCAGCAGCCGCUGCGGCAGAAGCCGCCGCCCUUGACACAGAUUCAGAUAGCUCAAACUCUGAUCUAGAAUCACUUUUUAAACUGCCUAUGGAUAAAACAAAGACUGAAAAAUACGUAGAAACUGUUCAAGGUCAAUUUAACACAGACACCCACGGUGUGACUGACGGAAUGGACCCCCACGGUGUGACUGGCGGAAUGGACCCCCACGGCGUGACUGACGGAAUGGACCCCCACGGCGUGACUGACGGAAUGGACCCCCAAAGUGUAACUGACGGCAAGGUUCCCCAUAGUGCAGCUGACGGAAUGGACCCCCACGGUGUGACUCACGGCAAGGAUCCUCACGGUGUAGCUGUCACGGCGGAUUCCCACGGUGCGAAAGGUGAAAUGCUCCAUACGGAUACCUAUGGUGUGUCAGACUUUGUUCCUCGCCAGUCGCGACAAGACGUGACCAGUGACUUUCCAGCCUAUCUUCGCGGUACACCCGGCUACUUUUCUCGCGGACCAGAGGUACCAAAUGCAUUCCUUCCAAAUGAUCCUCACGGAACGCCCGUCUUCUAUCCUCGCCAACAAGAUGUGCCCUAUCUUGUGCAGUGCAUCCCGCCUUUACCGCAGCCAGAGAUUCCAGUGUUUAAGGGUGAUGUAUUGACUUAUAGUGCAUUCAUGAUUUCUUUUGAAACUAGAAUAGAAUCUAGAGUUGCAUCAAACACUGAUAGAUUGUACUACCUUUAUCAAUACACAGAUGGUGAACCGAAAGAAUUGAUAAGUGGUUGUCUCUAUAUGCCAGAUGGGUACAAAAGGGCACGUGAAUUGUUGCAUAAAGAGUAUGGUAACGAAUACAAAAUUUCAAUGGCAUACUUGAAUAAAUUGUUAGCAUGGCCCGCUGUUAGAGCGGAGGAUAGUGUUGGUCUCAAGGGGCUUUCAGUGUAUUUAGUUAAGUGCCAUUCAGCAAUGCUUCAUUUGCAUAAUUUACAAGUUCUCAACCAUGCCCCCCACAUGCAAGCUAUUGUUAAAAAGCUCCCCAUGUACUCCCAGAACCGUUGGAGGGGUAUUGUUGCAAAGGUUGUCAGAGAUGAAAAAAGGUCUGUAGUGUUUUCAGAUUUGGUCACCUUUAUUGAACAUGAAUCAGAGGCAGUCAACGACCCGGUAUUCGGAAGGGAGGCACUUAAAUCCGAAGGUCCCAGUGUGCAGACUACUCGCUUUCCACAGACAAAGACAGCACGCACGUCACCUAUGAAGAGAACUCACACAUCACAUCCCCCAACGCCAAGGACCAGUGCACAUCCACCAGGUUCAAGUUUCGCUGUGAUCACUGAUCAGGUAUGUCCCCAUUGUCAACAAACCCACAAGCUGAAUGAAUGUAGUGCUUUCUUAGAAAUGCCCUUAUCCGAGAGAAAACAACUUUUAUUCAGCAAACGUCUUUGCAUGGCAUGUUUGGAGCCUAAUCACAUUGCUAAAGGGUGCUUGAAUAAACUUACCUGUUCAAAAUGUCACAAAAAACACCCUACAUCGUUACAUGACCCUGAUUUUCAACGCCAGAAUGCAGUUACUAAGGUCAAUGUGGUCAAUACUGCUGUCAAUACUUCAAACAGUACUUCUAUCAGUCAGUCAACCAUGAUAGUGCCAGUUUGGAUCUCGCAUGAAAGUAACCCAGAAAGAGAACAGCUCAUUUACGCCAUGCUUGACACUCAGUCAGAUAUUUCUUUUGUUCUGAGAAACACUUCUGAUUCCCUACAGUUACAAGGCACACCUGUUAAACUGUCAUUGUCAACCAUGUCUGCGUGUAAUCAGAUUUUGGACAGUAGCAAGAUCUCCGGUUUAUCCGUGCGUGCAUAUGACGGUUCCGAGAGAAUUACCUUACCACCCUGUUACACGAGAGACGUGAUACCAGCCAAUCGCGAUCAUAUUCCAUCCCCCGGCAUCGCCCACCAGUGGCCCCAUCUGCAACCGAUUGCUGAUAAAUUGAUUCCUCGAGGCGACUUUGAAGUAGGCUUACUCAUCGGGUACAACUGCCCAUCCGCUUUAUUCCCGCGAGAGGUCAUACCCCCUAUGAAUGACGGCCCUUACGCUCUUCGUACUAGCCUCGGUUGGAGUAUAGUGGGAACGGGACUCGUUAACUACGAUGGUGACCCAGGUUUCAUAAGUCAUCGUGUGAUGAUCCAUGAAGUGUCCCCAGAAGUCAAGUCGUCAUACCAAAUGAACGAGAAAGUGAUCUUCUGCAAACCGAAUCGUAUCAAGGAAAUAUUUGUACCAAAGCACGUUGCACAAAUGCUAGAACUCGAUUUUAAUGAUCAAAGGCUUGAUACUGUCGCGCCUUCCCGUGAAGAUUGCCGGUUUAUAGACAUACUCGAGAAAGGUAUCCACGUAACGAACGACGGACAUUACGAAAUGCCAUUGCCGUUUAGAAAGGAGAAUCCUGUUCUACCCAAUGACCGAGAAUUAGCUGUGAAACGCUUGUCGACUUUGCAAUCGCGUUUUACAAAGGACCCAAACUACGCUCGCGAAUACGCGAAAUUCAUGCAGUCGCUGAUAGACAACGGACACGCUGAAAGAGUCACGAGUGACGUCAGUAAAUGUACAUGGUAUAUUCCCCACCAUGGAGUGUACAAUAAACAAAAACUGCGUGUUGUAUUCGAUUGUAGUGCACGAUACAAGGACACGUCGUUGAACGGACAUCUACUGAAGGGACCUGACAUGACCAACUCUCUUAUUGGUGUUCUGCUGAGAUUUCGCCAUGAAACGGUCGCGUUCACGUGUGACAUUGAGAAAAUGUUUUAUCAAUUUCGUGUCAACGAAGAACACCGAGACUAUUUGAGAUUUCUGUGGUUUAAUGACAAUGACUUUGAAUCAGUACCUGUUGACUACCGAAUGUGUGUUCAUUUAUUCGGAGCAACCUCUUCUCCCAGCUGCGCAUCAUUUGCUUUAAAAAAGAUGGCCAGUUUACACGAACAUGAAUGCGGCUCCGAUGUGAAACACUUUAUUCACAGAAAUUUUUAUGUGGACGAUGGAUUGAAGUCGACUGCUACUGAAUCAGAUGCCAUAGAACUUCUGCGCCGAUCCAGACAGCUUUGUGAGAAGCGAGGCAUUCGUCUUCACAAGGUCAUCUCGAACUCUAAUGCAGUCAUCCAAUCAGUUCCACUUGGUGAUCGAGCCCACGACUGUGAUGUCAUUGACAUGAAUGCAGACAAGUACUUACCUGAGGGAGCCCUUGGUGUUCAAUGGUGUGUAGAAGUUGACCAGCUUCAGUUCCGAAUACUACUUAAAGAUAGGCCAUUAACUAGACGUGGUGUAUUGUCUACGAUCAGCUCGAUCUUUGACCCACUUGGAUUUGUUGCUCCAGUUGUCAUGGUCGGCAAGCGCAUUCUACAGGAACUGUGUGCUGAGAAUUUAGACUGGGACGACCCCAUACCCGACAACCUUCGAUCACGGUGGGAGCAAUGGAGGCUUGGUCUUCGCUCAUUGGAAUCUAUCAGUUUGAAACGCUGUUACAAGCCGCCUGAGUUUGGUUCAGUGUCAAUUACUGAAAUGCACCAUCUCCAUGACGCCAGCGCAGGAGGCUACGGAGAGUGUUCGUAUGUACGGCUCAUGAACGAAAGAGGACAAAUACACUGUUGUUUACUCAUGGGUAAAAGCAGGGUAGCACCGCUUAAGGCCGUUUCCAUUCCGAGACUCUUACCUCUGACAACCUAAAUGACCCAUGUUCCCUUGAGCCAUUAACCCCCAACCACUUGUUAACCACCAAAACAAAUGU